UAUGGCGGAUUCUUACGAUGAUCGGUACGGAGACCGGGGCUACGAUGAUCGCGGUUAUGGCGGAGAUGAUUAUGGUUAUAAUAGCAGCCGGGGCUAUGGCGGAGGUGGAGGAGGACGUAGCUACGGAAGAGAUCGCGGGGGCGGCGGUUACGGGGGACAGAGAGGACCCAAACCUCUCCCCACUGAACCUCCCUACACAGCUUACGUUGGGAAUCUGCCAAAUGGAAUUGUCCAAGGAGAUUUAGAACUAAUUUUCAAAGGUUUAAAGGUGAGAGGCGUCCGAAUUGUUAGAGAUAGAGAAACGGACAAGUUUAAAGGUUACUCAUAUGUUGAAUUUGAUGAUGUGGAAUCACUUAAGGAAGCUCUUACAUUUGAUGGAGCUCUGUUCGAGGAUAGAAACCUCCGUGUAGAUAUUGCUGAGAGUCGGUUUAAGGACAGAGGAGGCCGGGGACGGGGACGAGAUGAUCGAGGAGGCUAUCGAGGCGGUAGGGGUGGCCGGGGAGGGUAUGACUCGUAUAAUGACCGGGGUGGGGGAUGGCAAGCCGGUGGGAGAGAUGACCGAGGUUAUGACAGGCCAAGUCGGGGAGGCUACCGGGGUGGUCGUGACGGCUACCGAGACGGCCGGGAUGGUGGGAGGGGCUACGGUGGUUCCCGCCCCAGACGGGACAGUGGGGGAAGCAACCCACCAGAGUUCAGAGAACCCUCGCCUGAGUCCGUGGCAGCCAGGCCAAGAUUAAAACUCUUACCUCGCACAGUGAAGGCUCCUGUCAAUGCAAUCGCCCACACAACACGAAACGCUGACAUCUUUGGCACGGGAAAACCUCGUGAGAAGGGCGAUGAAGAAGAACCUGAGGAACAUCACAGCAAGUCCAGAACGACCAGCGAGGGGAGCAAUAACUGACGUCAAGGAGAUGGCAACUUAUAGCUCAGUUAUGGUCACACCCUUUGAGCCAAGAUACUUCUCCAAGAAGAAGCUACAGAAGACGACACCAUGGUUUGGCUAGAAACUGAUUCGAGCCCAGUGUGUACAUAGUAAUGGUUGUCUCCCCUUGUCGGACGUGACGAUUAGGGGAGCCUUCAAAAACUUUUCUGCAUUGAAGUCAUCUGUUUUCAUGAACAGUUUUAGUGGUUAUAAUGAGAUCGCAUUUUUGUGUUUUGGACAGAAAUUUUUAGUAGCUUGUUGCACUGUAAAGCAGACAUUGUGGAGAAGUGUUGCGACAACGGCAGAUAACGUCUUUUAUCACCCAAAUUGCCUCCACCUGACUAUGAGUACUCUGUAAUAAUUCAUAUUAUUGGUUCGUUGAAGGUGUCAUUUGUUUUUGUAUGUUUGAAAAUAAUCAAUCUAAUCAACUCAUUGUUUAAGAUUUACUUUAAGAGCAUGUGUGUGCUGUGGAUGAAGCAACCAGACGUCAUUGGUAGGAGAUGUACUUUUGGGAUGUUACUGGAGAGUGUAAUAUGCCUGAUUGACAUUUAUACCUGAUGUAUCCAGCAAAACAGGCUUCAUCUUGAAAACAAAAUGCGCCUGGCCUUGUCAGAAUGUCAACUGUUGAGGACACAUUAGUAGAUUUUGAUAGCCACUCGUGGCAAAGGUAGCUGUUUUAGUACUGUUAAUUGAGUGGCUCUCUCGGUUUGUCAUCGCUCUUCUUAUAUCCUCACCGCUCGCAAAGACAAGAACAUGGGGGCUGGCUGACACAAAAGAUGUGAGAUGGGAGAAGAGGUUUGGGAGACUUGUUGGUAACACAGCCAUGGUGACCAUGGUCACAAGUUCAACGCUUCAUCUUUGUUGUUAUAAACUCGACAAAAUAGUAUGAUGAAAUUUUUGGAAACAAAUUUUGCUCAGCAGCAUCACUUGACUCCACCUUUGAUUAUGAAGUCUUAAAUUUAUAGACCUAUGCAUAAGAUUUCAGAUAUGUAUUUGUUUGGGUUACAAGUGUAAGGUUUUAGUUAUUUGCAUUUAUUUUACGAAAUCUUACUGCAGAAUUAUUUCAGAAUAAUACUAACGCAGUUUAGUUGGAAAUGAUCAGGUCCAAAACCAGGAUGGCAUGUAUUAAAACUGAUCUGAUUGAUUUAUGUAGAUUGUGUCCCAGAUACAACUAAUACAAGAUACAACUCAGAGCAAGGCAUUUAUUUUAUUUAAAUUAUUUAGAGACAAUGAGUCAAUUUAUUAUUGACCUUUCGUGUACCUUAUAAAUUUGAAAAUUAAAAGAUGUAUCCGACUUGAGAAAUUUGUUGAAA